CAUCACUGCUGGGUCAACAUGACUUUCUAGUUCUAUGAAAGCCCUCGAUUUCCUGGAAAAUAAGCGACUACCUCGCUGUGUACUCGCCGCAGUCAAACGUUAGCUACUGAAUCAAUGGUAUUUGUUUCUAGUGAUUUGUAUUCUACAAUUAUGUGCAUAGUUUUGAAACCUAUUUGCACCCUCUGGGAUCAACUAAUGAACUUGACAUAGCCCUCUAUACCCCUACCGUAUGUACCACCUCCCAGCACAAGAAACUUCUGUUUUAUAAACUGACACCGACGAUGGCAGAACCAGAGGCUAUCACAGAGAGCCAUGGCAGCAGGCCUGACGAUGGUGAUCAGACUCAAACAGUACUGUAUUAUCGGACAUCAGAUGAGACCGUGAUGACAUCCAUGACAGUGACUGAUCCGCACAUACCAGAUGGGGCACAUGGUCGAAUAGCUUCAAUACAAAAUAUUGGCCCGCCACAAAUCACUGAUCCAGAUUUUCAGCAAGCGAUGCAAAGACUUUCACUGUUAUCGGUUCCUAGUGGUGUGAACCAUGGGGAGAUUAACAUCAUGAACGUUUUUAACGACGUGACUGUAACAAGAGAAACUUCAUACGGUGCUGUGAACGAAAUUCCAGAUAUGGUCAGAGAGAAAAUGAAAUCUGCAAAAGACAUUUUUGUAGAAACAGAAGCUUAUGAAAAUGUCUAUGAUGCCCUUGAACACGACGGACAUGUGCUCAUUUCUGGAUCGCCCGGUUCAGGUAAAACAACAAUGGCUCUUUACAUCAUGGAUAAAUACCGAAGAAAGAAAUACCAUGUGCAAUUUGAAGAUGAUGUGGCGGAUUUCAAAGUUGAAGAUCAUGUUAAUCUGAAAGUACCAACUCUGCUUGUCUUAGAUGAUGUGUUUGGUCGCUUUGCGCCUACAUCUGAAAAGAAAGUUCGUUGUACAAAGAUAUUUGAUUAUUUGAAAACACAUUUCAAAAGUUUAGAGGAAAAGAGAAAGAAAACACAAGAUGAGGAUAAAACUAAAGGUGUCGAGGCAUCUGAAAUCACUCUGAAGGUUAUCAUGAGCAGUAGGACAAACAUUUGCAAGCAUCAAAUUGUCACUACUAUGUUAAACAAAUACAAAACAUCCUUGUUCAGACAAAGCACUAUAGCUGAUCUGACAAUAUCUGAGCUGAAAGAACAUGAGAAAGAAUCGAUACUUCGAAAACAUUUGGUCAAAUCGAAAUUGGAUCUCACUGAACAUGACAUAAAAACCAUUACACGGUUGGAAUAUAAGACACUGGGUUUUCCAUACAUCUGUCAGUUGUUUGCAGACAGUUUUUCGUCAAAGGACGAAGCUGUGAAAUUCUUCAUGGAGCCCUGGGCAUAUCUGUAUGACUUGAUAAGCAACAUAUUCUCAUCUGAUGACCCAAACUACAGAGCUGCAGUGCUACUGCUUAUGGUCCUCAAUGACGGAACACUGAAUUUGAUUCAGCUCCAACAGGCUCGACCAAGUGGGAGGAAUAUUGAACUUCGACACAAAAUAGCAAAGGUUGAGGAAAUACUCCCGGGUGUAUGUCAUCCAAAUCAGUUAAACAAAGCUGCAAAAAACGAGAUUCGCACUCUUUUGGUGUCUGAAGGUGACACGAUGUCAUUUAGUCACCCAACUAUCUAUGAUGUUGUCGCGUUUGCUGUAGGGGACACGAAUCCCGACUUUGUCCUUGAAAACUGCAGUCUCAAAUUCAUCAUCGAAAGGACAAAGGUUUCAGAGGACCACAAGACAGACCAUCCAAGUGGAGGGGAUAUACACAGCUUCAUGAUAAAUCUUAGACAAGGUGCUGCUGUCGGGCUGGUGGAAAGGCUCACAAGAGAGAUUGUUGACGGUUAUAUUGCUCUUCCAUUGUCACAUCAAUGUUUCUCGCGAGCAGAUAUGGCUGAAUAUCUGUUUACAAAUCUCUCGUCACAUGGCAACAUUGAACAAUAUUUGCAUUCUUGUGAUAAGCAGCAUGGCAUGGGCUUCCUGUACUGGUCAUCAUUCUCCAGUACUGGUCCUGUGAGCAAAAUGUCAUUUGAGCACACCGACUUUUCUGUUCAUGAAAUCCGAGAAGGAUAUCUUGGUUGCUGUAUGAGUGGAAACUUGUCUUCAUUACGAGUUCUCAUUGAAAACUCAAAGAACAUAUUGGACAAAGUUGCCUCCACUGAUGUUGGAGACAUCCUCGGUAUCAAACAAGAAACAAGACAGUUAGUUCGCUCCUUAUCAGCUUGCAGCCCAACCAAAACAGAAGUGCCAUCUGCUAUUGAAACACCUCGAUCGCAUGGUGACAACAAAGAUAAAUUGAUUCAUAUAGCAACUGCGUAUGGAUUCACUGCAAUUGUAGAACUACUGCUUGAUCUUGUUGGUAUACAUAUUGAUGCUCGAGGAGGAAACGACAUGACUGCAAUUAUGUAUGCUUGCUACCUUGGACACAAGGAGUUAGCACAAAUCCUACUCCAAAGACAGGCUGACCUGGAACUGCUUGAUGAAGAAGGUGAUAACUGUCUUCAUCUUGCAUGUCGAGGAGGAUCCAUAGCUAUUGUACAACUCCUUCUUGACAAAAACAUGGACAUCAACAAACACGGUGAGCAUGCACGUACACCUUUGAUGUAUGCCUCAUACAAUGGCCAUGGGGACCUGGUGAGGCUUCUACUGAAGUAUGGAGCGAAGGCAGAGCCUGAUCUGUCUUCAAUAGAACAAAAGGACACUUGUCUCCAUCUUGCGUGUGUGAAAGGUGAAACAGGUGUAGUUCGGAUCCUUCUCGAUCAGGGUGCUAUGGGCAUUGAAGUGAUUGGCGGAAGAGAAAGAACACCGCUAAUGUAUGCUUGCAGGCAUGGACGUCUAGAAACUGCCAAAGAACUCGUUGACAGGAAUGCCAGACCAAAUGUUUUAGAUGAAGGCAAUAUGAAUUGCUUACAUCUUGCAGCAAUGAAAGGACAUAUACCAACUGCUGAGUGGCUCCUUGGUUUGAAUGUUGGACUCACUGUUGACUCUGUUAACUCUGUUGGGAGAACACCCUUGAUGUAUGCAAUGAAAAAUGGUCAGGCUGAAAUGGUUGACUUUUUUAUUGCAAACGGUGCAAAAAUUGCAAUAAAAGAUCAUAAGAAAUUUACAUGUUUACACAUGGCAGCGAUGUCAGGGAUGUGGCACUUGUUGGAAGUAUGCUUGCAAAACGGGCUAGAUGUCAACUCGCUCACGGAACCUGGUUGGACACCAGUUAUGGGGGCAUGUAAAGGAGGACAGAUAGAUCUUGUCAAAGGAUUAGUUGCGAGAGGAGCCAAUGUCAAUCUUGGAGGUGGUUGCCUAUACGCCGCAUGUACCCAGAACUGUCUUGAAAUGGUCAAGUAUAUUGUGUCCAAUGUCCAAGACAUCAAUGAACGUGGACCAAAGAACAGAACAGCUGUUAUGACAGCCUGUUUUCACGGGUACAUUGACAUUGUGGAAUAUUUGCAGUCUUGUGGUGCAGAUAUGACAUGUAAAGAUGAAUAUGAACAAACAUGUCUUCAUGUAGUCUGUCGAAGCAGUGCCAACCUGCAGCUUGUUGAAAAGCUGGUAAAACUUCUCCCUAUUGAUGACGUUGAUGCCAACGGCAUAACACCUCUUAUGUAUGCAGUGAGGUCAGACUCCCCUGAAUUGAUAGGUUGCCUCGUACGAAAUGGUGCAAACAUUUAUACAACAAAUACAACAGACAGCCGUUGGCAAACCAAUCUCCACACAGCCUGCUGGUUUGGGAAUAGAAAUGCAUGUGCUAAACUUCUUGAUCUUGGCAUGGAUGUGGAUGUUCUUGAUUCUAUGAAAAGAACUCCCCUGAUGUCUCUUGCUAAAAGCAAGAAAGAUUGCACAGUAAUUGAAAAACUUUUAGUAGAACGGAGAGCAGAUAUUAACGUGAGAGAUCAGGAUGAUAAUACAGUAUUGCAUGUUUCAGCUAAAUGGGGCGGUCAUCCAGCAUUUGCAAGGUAUAUACUAGAGAAAGGUAUGGAUGUCAAUACGCUAGGUGCUUAUGAUCACAGUCCCGUGAUGUCUGCAUGCCGAAGUGGCAACACAUUAGCCUUUGACUUAUACCUAGCCAACGGAGCUCUGCUGCAUCUUACAAAUGCUCAUGGAGCAAGCUGUCUACAUUUGGCAUGCAUGGUUGACACCGAUGAUGCUCACAUUGUUAAUGAACUACUCGAUCGUCGGGCUGACAUCAAUGCACAAGACGAACAGAACAAAACACCAGCUAUGUAUGCCAUCAGCAAAGGCAGCGUCCACAUCUUGGGACUCCUUUUGGCACGGAAUGCAUCGCUCACUGCAUUUGAUAAAAGAGGAAAUGCGACCAGUUUGCUUCAUUAUGCAUGCAACCUUCAAGGCAUGACCACAGAGAAAAUAGAGUUACUUCUUCAAAAAAGAGGUCUACGUGUAAAUGAACCUACCAUGUACCACUCCCAGACGCCAUUGAUGCUUGCAGCAAGACAAGGAAAUCAGGCCGUUGUAGAUCUACUGUUAAAUUCAGGAGCUGAUCCAAGAAAGGUUGAUAGGAAUCGCAGAAAUUGUGUCUACCAUGCUCAAAGCCAAGGUCAUCAUGAAUUGGCCGAGUACUUGGCCGAUCGGUUAAGAAGAAGAUACCAUAGGUAUUGAAAUGCCUACAAACAUGUAUAUGUGGAACACAUUAAUAGUACAUAUGUGCUAUGUCAUCAUACCACGUUCUACUGGAAACAAAGUUUAUGUAACAAAUUGUACUUGUUGGUAAUACAGUACAAAACAUUGCAGCGUGCAAUGGACGGGACUACAGUUUUCGAGACAUGGACAAAUAUCCCUGCGUUCUUGUUGAAAGAAGAGAAAACCUAUUUCCAUACCAGAUAUUCAUAUUUGAUAUUCAGAAUUAAAAACAAUGAACACAAUUCAAAAUGUGAUGACUUUGUUGUAUAAAUUACAAAUUCAAACAUUGAUUUACAAUUCCAAAACGUUGAAACACAUGGUAUCCUUUAUUAUACUUAAUUUAACACAUUAUUCAGGAUAGAAAAAAAACAUUGUAUAAGUGUACCUAGGUAUGGCCUGUUUCUCUAGUAUCUCAUCACAUCUUUGUAUACAUUCACAUGUAUCAUAACAGAAAUUUUGUAUAUUUAUUAUGUAUAUCUCCGUUUUCUGUUCUUGUUCAUAUAUACCAAAUACAAUUACAUAUACAUGCAUGUAUUGAUUAUUGUGUACAUUCUUCACGAUUCAUACUGAAUAUUCUUACAAAACUUGUGUCAAACAAACAUCAAGUUUGAAAUGUUGUAAAGAAUAAUUUUUGAUGAUUUGUAAACUUUUUUUCACACGGUAUACUUUAACGUCUCCAUUAAAUGUGUAUCAAUGAAUGAUUGCAUAUGCAUACUGGUAUAGUGAAAUGAAUUGUUUUAUCAUAUUUCUCCACUUGAAUAUUGUAAAUAAUGGAAUGUGUAUUCGUGUAUAUGUCCAAUCAUGUACUAGGCAACCUGACACCGACACAAGUUGAAUUCACCCCUCUUUGUCAUACAGUCUUGUGGAUAGUUUGUUGACACUGUGAAUCUUUAUACAUAGAGCUAAAUAUGAACCAGAUAAGGUUAUUUCACUGAUCUCUUUUAUUUCUAGCUGAGGUGGGUAAAUCAGUGGAAGGGAAUUAUGUAAUUAUUAAAAGAUAUCAGAUCACUGAAAUACCUUAAACUUUAGUUGAACGUUUUGGCAAGUUUCGGUAUUUUGACUUUGCCAAUCCGAGCAGUAAUUCUGAUUUACAUUUAUAUGCAUAAAGAAACAGAUCAGCAUGACGGGGAGCACAGUUGGUGUCCAAAUUUCACAAAUUUCGUUUCUAUGAGGAAAUCCAGUAUUUCACAUAUUGUUAUUUUUUCAGUAAACUUCGGAAAACUCAGUAAAUAUACCAUGACCUGAGAGAGUAAUACUGUUGUCUUCAGUGCUUAAUAACAUUGUGUUUUGUAUUCUGCCUUUUUGUGUGAUGGUGUCAUUGUCAUACACAGAUAAUAAAGAAUAAUUAUUAUCUUUA